CCAGAUCCCACCCGCAGGACCCCAAAACCCAAUGAUCCUGCAGCAGCCCUUGGAGCGAGGCCCCCAGGGAGGGGCCCAGCGCCUCCCGCGGGCCGCCUUGGGGGUGACUCGGGGCUUGGACGCCAGCUCCCCUCUCCGAGGAGCUGUGCCCAUGAGCACCAAGCGGCGCCUGGAGGAGGAGCAGGAACCUCUGCGCAAGCAGUUUCUGUCUGAGGAGAACAUGGCCACCCACUUCUCUCAACUCAGCCUGCACAAUGACCACCCCUACUGCAGCCCCCCCAUGACCUUCUCCCCAGCCCUGCCCCCACUCAGGAGCCCUUGCUCUGAGCUGCUUCUCUGGCGCUAUCCUGGCAGCCUCAUCCCUGAGGCCCUCCGUCUGCUGAGGCUGGGGGACACCCCCAGUACCCCCUACCCUGCAACCCCAGCUGGGGACAUAAUGGAGCUCUGAGUGCUGGUGGACAGUGCCCCUCCCACCUUCCUUCUUCCCCACAACAGAAGAGACCAGCGACUCCCGCAAAGGGACAAGGUUCCUCCCUCUCCUGCAGACCAGGCAUCUGGGCACCAAGACCUUCCCUCAACAGAGGACACUGAGCCCAACGGAGUUCUGGGAUGGGAGGGGUGGGAGCAUGGGAAGGGAGGCAUCCCACCCCCAAGAAGAACUUAAUAAAGAUUGCUGAGCAAAGGAA